CAUCUUCACUCUGUCACACGCACCAUCAGCAGACACCUUACUGCUGAAGAGACUUCUGACUGUUUUGGUCCAUUCUGGUGAUCAGUGAUGAAUCUACAUGUGCCACAGCUCUGGGUGUGAGGAAGAAUUGUAUAAGCAGCAUGAGGAAGACGUGGGAGCUCGAGAGCGGGAAACAACACCGAGAUGUGCAAAGGAGUGACUAAUACUAGAUCGGUAGUGCAUUGCCAUGCUUACAUACUGUACUUAUUUCUCAUUUUCUUACUGGUAAGACAGGUGCAUCAGCAAAUUAUACUUCCUAUGUGUGGGUGAAGAGAGGUAAGGCAGGGAUUGCAUCUCUGUUGACACCUCCGCAGAUUCAGUGUGAAGCAGGGAGAGAGAAACACAGACGUGGAGACAGAAUGAAUAGGAAGAGGAGGACAGAGGGAGCGAGAGAGGGGCAGAGACAGUGAGAGAGAAGAGUGAAAGGGAGACAGAAGAUAUAUUUGACUAUGUGGGUGUGUGAAGUAUCAAGGCAUGCAUCAUAAUUGUGGAUUCUUCUCGGAGCAGCCGGACGUGUCAAUGCAGCAGCAGGACAUUAUUGGUCGCACAAAGUGUGUUAUUUUGUACUUUAAAACAGUGGGAGCUGUGAGCGCAGAGAGUGACAGAAGAGACAUUUUCAAAGACAAAAUGGAAACCGUUUUGCUUUUUCUGCCUCAUGGAUUUCAUUAACUAGGAUUACAAAAAUACCUAAACAAGUUCAAGUGAUGCAGACUGGGAAAAUUAUGAUGCCUUUUCACUCUCAAUAAUCAAGAUUUCAAAUCAAGAAUUUGUCUGAGAUGGCUGUCAGCCCUAUAAUCAUCUGCCUCCUGUCACUGAUUGGCUAUGGCUCAACCCACCCCUCUCCUCCUCCUCGGGGAUGCAGCGUGGACGUGGACCCUCCGUACAGAGUGCUGUGCGACCUGGAGUCGGUCUGGGGCGUGGUUCUGGAGGCCGUGGCCUGCAGCGGUGGCAUCACCUCUCUCGUGCUGGCUGUGCUCCUGCUAGUCAAGCUACGCUCCAUUUCCGACCCUGCCAGGCGCUCCGGCAUGGGGCCACUUCUCCUGCUCCUGGGCACGCUCCUUGGGAUUUUCUCCAUCUCUCUGGCUUUCCUGGUUGGGAAGAACCAGGCACUUUGUGUGGUCCGCAGGGCCUUCUGGGGGCCCCUCUUUGCCCUCUGUUUCUCCAGCUUGCUAGUGCAGGGUGUGAGGCUCAGGAGGCUGGUGGCUGGCAAGACGAGCCCCUCUGGCAGCUCCCUGGCAGCGCUUGGCCUGGCCUUGGCCUUGGUUCAGGGGAUCAUCUCUGCUGAAUGGGUUCUGCUGACUGUUGUCCGGGAGGGUCACCCAGCCUGCGAAUAUCCACCUUUGGACUUUGCUCUGACAUGCAGCUACACCCUGGGGCUGCUCCUCAUAGCUAUGGGGCUUUCUCUGGGGGUGGUGCUCUGUGGAGGAGAGUUUGGGGCAGAGGCAGGAGGUGGGGGUGAAGAAGACAGAGAAGGAGAGAGUGAAAAACGGAGAUGGAAGUGUAACGCCGUCUGGCUCUUCCUGUCCAGUCUGGCAUCAGCAUUGCUGUGGGUGGCCUGGCUGGGGUUCUAUCUCUAUGGCAGCCAGGCGCUGAGAGGAAGGGGGAAAGGAGAAAGGUUAGGAGGAGGGGGGAAGAAGGAUGUAAAAGUGUUGGAUGAGCCUGCGCUGGCGGUGGCUCUGGUCAUUCAGGGCUGGAUCCUGCUGCUGUUCCAUGCUAUUCCAGAGACCCACCUGUGUCUCCGGAAGCCCCUGCAGUCCAACACGCAGGAUUUCUUCGACACCACUCACACGUCCCCUCCUCCACAUUUUGGAGAUGAGCUCCCUGCACAUUCUCACCGACCCUUCCCAGAAAAUCAGGCCUUUUCUAUGGAGGAGCACAGUGCAACUCUCAGAAGUGGAACAUACCACAGCAGCCAUGGGAGCAUGCGUCCUGGCAUAGCCUUCAGAGGUCACGUUUACCAACCCACUGAGAUGGCUCUGGUCAUGAAUGGUGGUACAAUGCCCACGGCCCCAAUCAACUACACUGGACGCCGAUUAUGGUAACAUGGGACAAGACUUGAAGAGGAUAUACUUGAGUCACAUUUGUAAUAGAGGAAUAUUUGUGUUACUUAAGAGGAAGAAGAAGGAUAUAUUAAAGACAUCACAUAUCAAUCUGAGUGGAUUUGGUGGGAGCUAAAUAUGUUUAAUGUAUUUGUGUUUCUGCACACAUGUUAAAAAAACUGCAGUAGUUCUUUUGUUGAAAUGGUCUUGAUUGCCUCUUUUAUCAGUCAGACUGGAUGUGAAAUCACAAGAGAGGAAAGAGAAAGUGAUGCAGCUUCCACAGUCAAAGGUAUUUUGUCAUACAGUGAUGGUAUUUAUGGUGCAUUAUUUUGCCCAGCACAGAUAAGCACAUGCAGUCUUAAUUGUAAUGUGUAAAUAUACUGGCAAGGAGUGUAUGAGGAAGAAUACUGUUAUGAUAUAUGGGACAAAGAUUAAAAUCAGAGUCCACUGUGGUAUUGAAGGGGAGUAACUGAAUGAUGUGCUGUGAAAUUAAAGGAUGAUUUGAAUGUAGUGAAGUUUUGCCUGAGCAGCUCUAAAUCAGUGCUGUUGCUUACUGAUGCCUGUUCAUCGGUGAUGCUUGCUGAUGCCUGCUACAACUCAGAAAAAAACCCUUAGGAUGUUUAUGUAAAUUACCUGCAUACACCCACAAAGCUUGCUUGGCCUCUGUAUUUCAUGCUGGAAAGCCUCAAAGGACUCUCAUAGUGUUUUUCUCUCUGUAUCUCCAUCCCAUUAUCAGUGCUGUUGGACAGUGUGACACAUUUCACCAUGUGUACUGAUAAAUGUCAUGUAUUUAACAGAGUUUGGAGGAUUGCUAGGUGAUUUAAAAGGUCUACAGCUCAUGGAUAACUAGUUUUUAAUACGCAUAUCAUAAAAAGCCAUUUAAUACUGCAAUAGAUAUUCUGCAGUAUAGAGUCUACUGUCGGAGAUUGUGAUUUUGCACUUUAUCAACGCUGAUCUUGUCUGGGCAUUGUGAUAUUUGAGAUGCAUGUAAAAGCACAGUUUAAAGGUAAUGUAUUUUGUCAAAACUAACGUAUUUUGAGUGUUUUCUAGAAUUUUGAUAUACAUAUUGAAGGAAAUUAACCAUUUCAGUGUUGAGUUUAAAACCUGAUUCAAGCAACAGUUGACAAAACAAUCUCAAGUGCUCACAAAUGGAAAAUCGAAAUACCUACAAUUCCAUGACAACUGGGCAAACCUCAUCUACAGAGGAAGGCCAUGUGAUAUGACUGAAAGCUUUGUAACAUCUACUAAAUGGACAUUAAGGUUGGACUGUUUUGUCAGCAGUUUCAGUGUGUUCACAUAUAUGUUCUCUAGAUUUUUCUGGAUUCAAUAAUACUAUGAGCAUUACAUACACUUAGUUUGAGGUUAAUGGAGCAUCUCAUGUAUUCUGUCAUUCAGGAUCUACUUAAACUUCAAAUUCUACCGAAUACAGACAAAGCAUUUUGCCAUCCAUCACUGUGACUUUAACUGGUAACAUUUCAUGUAUACUGUUUACAAUAGUGAUCCUUCAUAUUUGACCAGAGGGUUGCAGUUUCCAUCACUUGUUCAAGAAUGAAUUAACUCCAGAACAGUUUUAUUCAACUGAAUUCAAAGAGCAGUCCCCUUGUUCGUGUUGUGGCAAUAUCUUCUUGCUGUAAGACUAAACUAAAUUACUAACUUUGUUUUUGUACAUGUGUGUGCUCUGAUAUUGUACAAUGGAUAUAUUAUCAUCACAUGAUUUUUAUGAAAUAUUAUCCUAUAUAACUAAGUUUUAAUCAUGUAAAUACCCAAAUGUGAAAAAAAGCCCUGGUAUUUUUCUUUUGAGAUGCUCUUAUAAUGAUAGCACUGUCACUGUUUUAUGGCAGCAUAACAUAAAUGUAAUGUGAUUUGCACAAAGUGGCUAAUACAUCAGUGCAUUUUCCUUUA